GACGUUAUCAUUGUGGGUGGCGGUGUUGCCGGCUCGGCCCUCGCCUAUGCCCAGGCCAAGGACGGUCGUCGGGUGCUGCUUCUUGAGCGGGAUCUGUCCCAGCCGGACCGCAUCGUGGGGGAGCUGCUGCAGCCCGGGGGCUACCUGAUGCUCAAGAGGCUGGGCCUGGAGAGCUGCGUGGACGGAAUCGAUUCAGUCAAGGUGUACGGCUAUGCGUUGUUUAAAAACGGUAACCAUGCGGUUGUUCGUUAUCCGAUCGAGGGCUAUUCGGCUGACGUGGCGGGGCGCAGCUUCCACCACGGCCGCUUCAUCCAGAAGCUUCGCGGUGCAGCGGCCAGCUGCCCCAGCGUUACUGUACGACAGGGUCUGGUCAAGAAGCUGGUCAACGGUACGGCUGGCAGGGCGAAGGCGUGGGCGGGCCCUUGCGCUCUUGACAGGUCAGCCAAGGCGCACCUCACCAUCGUGUGCGAUGGCAUGUACUCCAACUUGCGCCGACAUCUGUCGACACCCAAGAUCGCACACCCCAGCUUCUUUGUGGGUCUGUUGCUUAAAAAAUGUCAACUGCCAGUACCUAACCACGGCCAUGUCGUACUGGCUAAACCCUCACCCAUCCUCUUCUACCCGAUAAGCUCCACCGAGGUCAGGUGCCUGGUGGAUGUCCCCGGCGAGAGGCUCCCCUCCGACCUGCCCGCCUACCUGAGAGCAACGGUGGCGCCGCAGCUGCCCGACCAGCUCAGACCCGCGUUCCUGGAGGCGCUGGAGAGGCCCGAGGCGAUCAGGAGCAUGCAGAACAAGCUGAUGCCCGCCGCCCCCCUGCACCAACCCGGGGCCCUGUUGCUGGGAGACGCCUUCAACAUGCGGCACCCGCUCACAGGCGGCGGCAUGACGGUGGCCCUGUCCGACUGCUCCCUGCUGGUAGACAUGCUGCGGCCGCUGCCCACCCUGGGUGACGCCCUGGCCACCGCGCAGCGCACCGCGGACUUCUACACGCGCCGCAAGCCCCUGUCCGCCACCAUCAACACGCUGGCUAAUGCGCUGUACAAGGUCUUUUGCUCCACAGGCGACCCCGCACAGGAGGAAAUGCGACAGGCUUGCUUUGAGUACCUUGCCCAGGGGGGCAUAUGCGCCGCGGGCCCCAUCUCCCUGCUCUCCGGCCUCAACCCCCGACCUUCCGUACUGGUGCAGCAUUUCUUCAUGGUGGCUCUGUUCGGCGUGGGUCGCCUGCUACUGCCGCGCCCCUCCCUCCGGGGGAUCUACAUGGCAGUAGCCUUGCUGGCGGUGGCCUGCCGCAUCAUCUUUCCGAUCAUCGCUGCGGAGGGCGUAAGGGCGGUGUUCCUGCCGGCAUUGGCUCCGAAACCAGUCGUGUGUGUGGCGCCCAAUGGCACGGUUAAGCGAUCCACGAGCUUGGGAGUGCUGGCCGGGGUGACCUCGCCCUAGGGCGAAUACGUGUCGUUGAAAGGCCCUCUGAUGGACCUGAUUGGCUGGUUAAUUGGUUGGUUGGUUGGUUGAUUGGUUGCUUGAGCUGUCCUGCUGCUGCUGUUGUUAUUCUCUUGUCUUGGUUGCUAUUGUGAAAAUGCGUUGUUAGUGCUACUGCCAAUUUUGUGUUGGUGCUAGAAGUGCUAGUGCCCGGGGAGGUUUGGGGGAUAAUAGCAUGUAAAGGGGGGGGAGG